AUGCAUAAAAAACUGGAAAGUCGUUUGGUUGCAGCGGAGAUAAGAUAUUUGCGGAAAGUGGCUGAGAAAACUCGAAGAGAUCACAUCAGUAACAUCACGGUAAGAGACGAGCUUCAGCAGAAAUCAAUAAUGGAUAUCGUUGAGAUGAGAGCGCUGGGCUGGGUUGGUCAUCUAGUAGGAAUGGAGAAUGGAAUGAGGGCAAAGCAGCUAGCGAUUGACCAAAAACGGUCAGAAUUGGCCAACAGGAGAGGUGUUGUGUUCCAUCAGGACAAUUCCAGGCCACACAUGGCUAUAGUGACUCGCCAGAAAUUCCGGGAGCUUGGUUGGGAAGUUUUGAUGCAUCCACCAUAUAGUACGACACCAAGCGAUUACCAUGUUUUUCUUGCAUUGCAAAACUUCCUUAGUGAUAAGAAAUUGGCCUCAAGAGAAGAUUGUGAAAAUCGAUUACUAGAGUUUUUCGCUAAUAGGGACCAAGACUUCUAUGAGAGAGGCAUUAUGAAGCUACCUUUAAAGUGGCAAAAAAUUAUAGAACAAAACGGUGCA